GUUGUCCAACUCUGGACGAAUCCAGCCUCUGCCUCUGCCGCUGUUGUUUUAUCUUGCUCUCCUUACUUUUUCAUUCUUUUCUUCUUCUGCUAAUACUUUCUUAUCAUGUCUGACUCUGAAGGCGACUUCUCCGACGAGCUCCUCGAGCUCGCUGGUGCCACGGAGAAGAAGCGCAGAAAACGCCAGUCCUCGAACCAUUCCAACAAGAAGGCAAAGUCCAAUGUUUCAAUGGGAUCCGACGAGUCCGAUCGGGAUGUGGACAGCGAGGACGACUUGAACCCUUUCCCGCUGGAGGGCAAGUAUGUUGAUGAAGCGGACCGGGAGAGGCUGCUCGAGAUGACUGAGAUCGAGCGUGAAGAGAUCCUCGCCUCGCGGAUGGAACAGUUGCAGCGCAAGCAGGACAGCAAAAACCUCGAUGCCUUGCUCAAGGCACAAAAGGCGGGAGCAGAUGGAAGUGAUAGUAUAGUAAAGGCGGCCAAACGUCAGCACGCGGCCCGUGGCGCGACUAAGGAGAAGUCAAGUAAGCUGGAUGAGCUAAAGGCGAAGCGGAGAGCCAAGGAGCAGAAGAAAAGAACACGGACAAACUCUCCCAAGGGCGACAGAGACUCGUCACCCAUGGACAUGGAGACGUCAUCGGGCGAGGAAGAGGACGGCCAAAUAUCCAAAUUCGAAGAGGAUGACGAUAUGUUGCGCAAGUUCUCGAGAAAGUCAAAGGACGACAACAACGACGAGCCUAUUACCCGCUAUGACCUCAUGGCUAUCCGCGUUUCUCGAGAUAUGCUUGCAAGACACUGCUUAGCUCCUUGGUUUGAGGACUAUGUUAAAGGCGCAUGGGUGCGAUAUCUCAUCGGGAACGAGAAGGACGGUCAGCCAGUGUACCGGAUAUGCGAGAUCUCAGGAUUGGCCAUGAACUUGACGAAGCCGUACAAGAUCAACGACACGCUCAUCGACCGCGCGAUCGAGCUCAAGCAUGGCAAGUCGGUGCGCGCGUUCAACAUGGACAAGGUCUCGAACUCGGAUUUCCCAGAGAAGGAGUGGGACCGGCUCAAGUACGCGUGUUUAACGGACCACGUCGCGAUGCCGACGCGGAGGGCGAUCGAGAAGAAGAAGGAGCAGAUGGCGAGGCUGGUGUCGCAGCGCAUGACAGACAGCGACAUCACGGCGAUGCUCGCGCGGAAGAAUCAGCUCUCGUCGGGUGUGCAGUCCGCCGCGGCCAUCACCAUGGAGCGCUCGCGGCUCAACCAGGCGCGCACACUUGCCCUACGCCGGCAGGACGCCGUCGAGGUCGCCGAGAUCGACGUGAAGCUAGCCGCGCUGCCCGAGGUCGCUGCGACGCGCGUCGCGGAGGAAGACGACCUCGCCGCCCGCCUGUUGAAAGUCAACGAGCGGAAUCGCAAGGCUAACAUGGAGGCAGUGCGCAAGGCCGAGUUGCUAGAGGCGGAGAGAAAGCGCAAGGAGCGCAAGCUAGCGAACGCGAACGGGUCGGGCGUGAGCACGCCUGUGGACCCGAGUGCGAGGCUGCGCACGAUACCAAAGAUGUUCAGCGAUCAGUCAAGGGAUACUUCCGUCGACCUUCCCUAUAUUUUGCUUGUCGACAGGUCUGGCACGCCGAACGCAAACGGAACCCCCCAAGUGAAAGCGGAGAAGGACGCGCUCCGGCCCGUGUCACCGCUUCCCCCGUCCGCUCUUUCAGGUACCCCGGCAGCAUCUGACAAACCGAAGAGCUUCCAGGCGUCCGUCAUCGACUCCGUGGAGGUGGAUCUUGGGGAUUUCUAGCUUCAAAUUCUCUGUUCUUUUUCUUCUUCUUCAUAAUCACUCGGCUCGACGGAAAUGGGGCAACAACAACGGUAUGAAGAGGGACUUAGCAAGCCACCACUCUCGCUCAUCAGCACACGUUUUAUGCUUAAUAUCUCCCAUGUAUUGUACUUUUUUUGUUAAGUAUCUGAAUAAAAUAAUUCACUGCG